GAAACAAUAAAUCUCCUCUGCUCUGAACUCCCAGAGGGAGUCUGUCGUGUUUCCUCCUGUUCUUUAUCAAGGUCCCCCAAAUGAGCAGGAAUGGGCAGUCUGUUCAUAGCCUCUCUGCACACCUUUUCCACUUACUAAUUAAGGCCCUGUCUCACAGCGAGAGAGUUUGGGGCCUGCUGUCUCUGCAAGGGAAUACCUGCAAGACGGAGAACAACUAUGAAGCUCUUUGGAACAGCUUUCUUCUCUCUGGCUGUGUUCAGCUUGUGGAGCACUACUGUACAGGAAUCUGUUGGUACUACUACAACAUCCACCCCGACGCAAGCACCUUCUGGAUCAUCAGUGACAACAAGCACAGCUUCAACAAGCGCAGUUUCUUUUUUCAGAAAUCCUUCUGUAUCAUCUUCUAUUGAGACUAAAGCAUCCCAAACAACAGCCACUGUUGUAAUGGUAUUAGCAACUACAAGCAACAACAGCUCUAUAACAGGGGCUACCCAUUCACUUCCACUGCAUCCUGAGAUGGCAGCAUCCAAGCUGACUCCAACAACCAUCGAUCCAAACACUACCGUAACUGGCAAUGUAACAGGGCAUCAAACACGCCCAGAAAACACACCUAAAAAUACAUCACAGACUGAGCCUGACAGUACAGGAAGUGUCUCUGGAAACAAAGAUCAUGUGCUGGAUACUCCCUCUUACACCAGUAUUGUUUUGCCUGUCAUCAUUGCUUUGCUAGUAAUAACCAUCUCAGUAGGCACUCUGGUGGCUUUGUACAGAAUCUGCUGGAAGACAACUCCAGAGAGACAAGAGAAUGAAACUGAACACACUUCAUUAGAUAAAGAGAAUGUGAAAUUAAUUUCUGUUAAGACAACUUCUCCAGAGUCUGGAGAACACUCUUCUCAGGGGAAGAAUAAAACUCGGCAGCAUGAUGAAUCCUCUUCAUAUUUGGACAACAAAUGUGUGUGAAGAAUUCUUAUUUCAUGGUUUCUUGCUGGAUUCACUCACCAAAGCAGAAUUUCCCCCUGGAACAGUGUGGACCAACAGACAAAUAGAAUAUGCACAUUUAACUGCUGUAUAACAUGUUACUCUGAAACUGCCUCCCUCUCUUGUCUAUGCCUGCUGUUUUCCACUGGAAAUCCUCUUUCCUUAUUUGUCUGUGGUUUAACUGGUGUAUAGUAUACUGUAUAUUUAUUGCUUUCCAACUAUGUAAAAACAGUGAAAUUUUCACACCUUACUAAUGCAAAAAGCAUUGAAUAUUUGAGCAAUGGUUUUGCACAUUAAAAAAAUUUCUCCUGUAAAGGGAAUAAGACAUUAACA